AAAUCAAAAGUUAAAAAGCUAUCAAAACUAUUGGAUAAAAACUCUGUUGACAGAUAUGCGACCAAAUGGGAGACAAUUGUGCCCCCGAUGUCCGACACCGAGGAAGCGGCAGAAUUUGAAAAAGAGCUGAAAUCGUUGCAAACAGUGAAGACAGAUAUGACUGCAAUGAACAAUAAGAUAGACUUAUUUAGAGUCGUUUUGAAUACUAGAAAAUACGAGUUAGUGUCAGAUGUGCCCAUCGGGAGGGGAGGCUUUGGACAGGUAUUCAAAGUGAGACACUUGAACACCAAAGAGCUGUUGGCUCUGAAGACAAUGGAACUGAAAUCAGGCAAUCAUUUGAGUCGAAAUCGGUUCUUGAGUUUCGUUAAUGAAGUCAAAGCCCUUAAGAAGAAUCCGCACAAAAAUAUUAUUGAAUUAAUUGAUAAUUUUGUUGUUAAACAAUAUUGUUUUACAAUACUCGAGUUGGCCAACGGCGGUGAUCUCAGUAAACGAUUGAAACGAAAAUAUUUAGACUCCAGACAGACAUACACCGAAUCGGAGGCCAUCGACUAUUUCGGACAAAUAGUUAGUGCCAUUCAUUUUGUACACACAAACGGCUUAACUCAUGGCGAUCUCAAACUGGAAAACAUAUUGAUUGUGAUCGACAAACAAAGACAAGAAACAUUGAAAGUUACUGAUUUCGGGUGCGCACAGGUAGGCAUCAAUCAACAGAAUCAUCAAUUGAAUCUAAUGAAUAGCGCCACCGGAACAGUAGUCUAUAUGUCACCCGAACAGCUAAGGGUCUACUUAUGUAAUAAUUUGAAUCGACCGGAUCUAUUCAAAAAUCCAACUCAUAAUUAUAAUCCCUUUCGAUCGGAUAUCUGGGCGCUCGGUAUAUGUCUCUAUAGACUACUAUUCUAUGAACACCCGUAUGAUUAUGAUUUCAACAAUGAAUUGCAGUCAUUGCCACUAAUGUUGAAUAGUAUGAAAGCUGCGAUCAAUGCUCCCAAACGUUAUACUAAUCAUGUGAGCAAUCAAUGUAUGGAUUUGUUGAGAAAUUUACUUAAUUAUCAAAAAGAUGCCCGAAUUGACAUACAAAUGGUUGUCCGACACGUUUGGCUUAGAGAUUGUCCACAUUUGACAUAUAUUUUUGCUAAAAAACAGCAACAAAAAAGAAAAACUCGUAAAAGCAAAACUAAAGCAAAUACUAAAAAAACAAAAUCUAAACCAUAAAACAGCUUAAUAUUAUUAUUAUUAUUAUUAUUAUUAAUA